GCGUGUGUAUGAUGAAGAAGGGAGGUAAGUGAGAGAGAGUGUAGCAGAAGAACUGAUAGAGAACUUUCAAAGCUCUUUAUCUUCUACAAUCACUCAAACUAUAGCCUCUACAAUAUCUUUUUCUUUCUGUAGUCUCUUUCUGCUGGUAUCAUAUUACAAUCACCAUGAGACCAGAUGGAAAUCCAUUAGACCUUAACAAUCUGCCUGAUGACAACUCUAGUAGAGAUCACCAUGCUAAACAACUUCUUUCUGACACCACCUCCCCACCACCUGUUACAGGUUAUAAGGAAAAGGAAAACGGCGAAGAUGAUGAUGAUAGAAAAGACGAGAAGGUCUAUGAAUGUAGAUUUUGUUCCCUCAAAUUCUGCAAGUCUCAGGCUCUUGGGGGACACAUGAACCGUCAUCGCCAAGGCUAG